AUUACAAUAAGCUUUUAUUAGGCCCAAUGUAGCCCAUUGUUCUCUCAGCUACUCACCUGGUUCUGUUCUUUCUAUCUCCCUUUCUCUCUCUCUCUCAUUCUCUUGUUCCGUUUGUACUCAGUGGAGAAGAAGAUCCAAAUCGAUCCGUUGAAAAGGGAUUUCGAAUUUGUGAGCUAUGUCGAGUGCGGUGGACGCGACAGGGAACCCGAUCCCUACUUCUGCGGUGUUGACGGCGUCGGCGAAGCAUAUAGGUAUGAGAUGUAUGCCGGAGAACGUCGCGUUCCUCAAAUGCAAGAAGAAUGAUCCAAACCCCGAGAAAUGCCUCGACAAGGGUCGUGACGUCACUCGCUGCGUGCUUGGCUUGCUGAAGGAUCUUCACCAGAAGUGCCAAAAGGAGAUGGAUGAUUAUGUUGGGUGUAUGUAUUACUACACGAACGAGUUUGAUCUGUGUAGGAAAGAGCAGGAAGCCUUCGAGAAAGUGUGUCCCUUGAAAUGAUGAGAAUCGCAAGUUAUUUGUUAAGCUGUAUCUCCUAAUAAAAGCAAAUUGUUCAUUUUUGAAUGAGCUUUUACUCUCUUUUUCGUUGUCAUCCCAUUUUUUCCCCUCUGAAAUGCUUUUGUAGCGAUUUCUCAAAGACAACCAAAAUGACUCAGUUUUUGUUGUUUCAUCUUCUUUAAUCAGGCACAGAAUGGAUUUCCCGAGGAAUAAUCUGUUUUAUCUUUUAUCAUAAUUGACAGUUGACACUAACUAAGUGUUUAUAAGACCUGAACGGGAAAGAUGCGAACAACUCUCGACUGCGGAUGAUUCUUGCCCAUGACUUGAUUACUAGAAGCAACCUAGCUACGGUUUUCACAGGCAAUCUCCCAAUGAUCUCCAUCGCUUUGUCCACAGGGAUUUCAUCAAAGCUAUAGUUGUUUCUCCCGUCCGUGUC